CUUGUUUGUUGGGAGAGACAGUUACGUACACCGGCGGCAGGCAAUACACAUCGUGUAUCUGUUAUUCCAAAGCUCGUGGUAUACAAUUCCCCUUUCGCCGUCGUCUUUUGCUUGUUCUCGUUCUUAUCAAGCUUUUUCUUGUUAGAUACACCUUUCUUCUAUCUAUCCAUCGUCCAGUAGAACUCCUCGCUUUCCACGACCCGCUGCACAGGUUCUUCUUAACUACUGUCCACUCACUAAAACCGUCGUUACCUCGUUUGUUGUCACUUCGCGCCGGCAUUUCUGCAAAACUCAGCUGAAAUGGCCAUGCCGCCGAUGGGACCGAUGCCGCCCAUGCCACCGAUGGCCCCCAUGCCGCCCAUGCCGCCGAUGGCCCCCAUGCCGCCCAUGCCGAUGCCGCCACCGGCGGUCUGGAACAUGCCUCCGAUGGCGCCGACACCCGGCAUGCCUGCGAUGUACAUGCCGAUGCCAGAGAUGCACUCGGCCUUCUACUGGGGGCACCGCGCGCAGGUGCUCUUCCACGACUGGCCCGGAGACCGCGGCGACGUCGGCAUGUACAUCCUCUGUCUCGUCGUCGUCUUCGCGCUCGCGGCGCUCGUCGAGGCUCUAUCCGCGGCUGCCAAGGGGGUCUCCAGCCGCCGACCGGCCGCGGUGCUGGCGAUCACGGGGAUCCACGCCAUCAAGAUGGGGCUCGCGUACGUGGUGAUGCUGGCCGUGAUGUCGUUCAACGUCGGCAUCCUCCUCGCCGCCGUCGCUGGACACACGAUUGGGUACCUCCUCGCGCGGAUCGGACUGUUUCGCCGCGCCACCCCUAAGGAUGACGCGCCACGGAACGGUGCGCUCGCUGCCUCUGAGGCUGAGCCCAGACCUUAAUUAAGCUGUGGCACGAUAACUAGGUGCUCAAAAUUAUUUGUUGUAUUAUUCUCGAAAAAUAUAUUUGUUGUAUGAAACGGAAGGGAUGCUGGAAUCAUUGCUUGUGUAGUUUUUUUUAUUUGGGAUGAAAAUGCUUGUGUACUUC